UGGGAAACAGUGUUUACAACCCUUUACAAUGAAGAUCUGUGAAGGUAUUUCGAUUUUAAGGAAUUAUCUUUUCAAGACAGGGUCCUGAAAAAGGGACAUUUCUUUUUUUGCUGAGUUUAUACAAAAUACCCCAUCAAUCUUAUUACAUUUCAUUUAAAGACACACUUCCGCUCAUAGAUGGGGCUGAAUGGUCAUACGUGGUGUGAUGUCGUAGUUGUACAGGCCAGAUGUGUUGGUUCAUGUUGAAUUUUUUUCAUGUGUGUAGUUCCCACGGCAAGCUCUGGCACCCUGCCUGUCUGGAGGAAUGUAAUUUCAGUUACUCAAUGUUUGCUUAUAUUGUAUUGUUUGUCACUUCCUGUUUUAGUGAAUGUAAUGUUUAUAACAGAACAUUAUAUUUAAAGUGUGGACAGAGAUUGUGAUAUUGACUGAGUAUACCAAAGAUUAGGAAACCCCCUUUUGCCCUCAGAACACCCUCAAUUAAUCGAGGCAUAGACUCCUGAAGGUGUCGAAAAACAUCAGUCAGCUUCAGAGGCCCGGGUUGUAUAAAGUAGCCCUACUUGCAAUAAAAUGUAGUUCUUUUAAUUAAAGAUUAUUGAAUUUAAUUAAAUUGGAUGAAGUUCAAGCAUUGUGUUGUCUGCCUGCUUUUCCCUACUAUGUCUUCAUUGAAACUCCCCAUCAUACAGUAGGUGAGCGAACAUACAGUAUAUCAUGCCCCUUUCAAUGGUAGAACAAAAUAAAUAGGGUCUGUGGCCAGGUUGUCAGGGUAAACUACUGGCCCUCAUAUCAUAGUUAGGUUCAGAAGUUUUGUGGUCUGUUGAGCCUAAUCACUGGCGAUGAUGAUUCUUUGUUGAAACGUUCCAUCCUGUGUGACGAAUGUCUUGUGACACAAUACGCAUAUUUCAGCCAUUUGUCCACAGCUAGGUUGCAUUAGAAAUGCUCUAUUAGUUGAUGUCCGUUAUGAUUCCAAUGUACUCGUCUGAAAUGUGUUAAUACAAAGUUGUCAGUGAGCAAUAUAGCGCUGUGCACUUAACUCAUAUGAAUAGUUUAGAAAAUAAAUCUGUUUAGUAAAGAAUCAUCAAUGCAUUCAAAACUCAAGCGUUUCAUAAAAUUUCAUAACACUUUAACUUGGCAUUUUUCCAUCUGUAUGAUGUGACAGAGGUUGUUCCAUGAGAAAGCUGUUGAGAAAUCAAAAUCAACAAGCCCUUAACCAACAAUGCAGUUUUAAGAAAAUAGAGUUAAGAAAAUAUUUACUCAAUAAACUAAAGUAAAAAAUAAAAUCUAUAAAUAAGUAACACAAUAAAAUAACAAUAAUGAGGGGGUACCGGUAUCAAGUCAAUGUGUCUUGCUGUCACUCAUGAGUUAAAGUGAGAAAUUCCCUACCUCAAUAAGCCCUCAAAGUCAGCCAAAUCCCAGAUUUCACAAUCUUUCACAUGCCACAAUGACUCACUCCCAGGACUCGGCUUUAAAACAGCUCUCUCCCCACAGUGGCAGACAAAGCGGUUUUCUUCUCACAGCGGCAGAUUUGAACUCACCACAGACAGAGAAGGAAGGAAAGAAAGAAAGAACUCGCAACUGGACUGAAAAAGAGAGAAAGAUAUAACAAUAAAACACUUUACAGUACCUUUUACCAGCUAGAUAACAACCUUAGACUUUAUUAGAGGAUUUCUAGUAGGAUCAUCUGUAACCCCAAGAUGAGCAUCAGAAUGUCAGCCAGUCUUGUCGUUGUGCUCCUGGCCCUCCUGACCAUUACUGAGGGGAUGAGUCUGAGAGGCAUGGGGGCUGACCUGCGAUGUCGCUGCAUUGAGACGGAGAGCAGACGCAUUGGUAAACUCAUUAAGAAGGUGGAGAUGUUCCCUCCCAGCUCGCACUGCAGAGACACUGAGAUCAUUGCCACUCUGAGCAAGAGCGGUCAAGAGAUUUGUCUGGAUGUCAGCGCUCCUUGGGUCAAGAAGGUCAUUGAGAAGAUGCUGGCCAACAACAAAUGAAGAGGGGGAAUCAUCCCAUGAAUACUCUGGGAUUCUGAACUGUUUACAAGAUACAAACCAAAUAAGUAUUUAUAAGAUUGAUAGGCUGAAUUAUAUCAUGUUCUAUCCAGGUUGGAAUACAAUAUUAGAUGUAGAGUGGCAUGAGACUGUUUUAAGUGAAAAGACAGUCGGUUUCUUAUAUACAACCAAGUACUAUGUACUAAACUUAUAUUUUAUUUGUAUUUAUAAAGUGUUUUUCUUUCAUUGUUAUAAUCAAAUUAUGAGAUUUACAUGCAUUCCGGUUGUAUUGGAAUGAUUUCGUAAUGAAUAACGUCAUAUCCUACUUGACCCUCAAACGAAUGUAUUCAUGCAAACCUCAGUAUAUUUAUUGAUAAAUUUAUUUAGUUGCCUAUUUAUUCAUGUUAAACUGUUGGAUCAUGUUGAAACUUCCAAUCUAAUUCAAUUACAAUAAAUGUGUAAAAAAAACAACUCUGAAAUCC